ACGAACGUCUCGCUUGGGUUCCUAACAAUUAUAUGAACGUGACUGGAGAUCAGAUACUAGCAAAAUCCCCCCUCCCCCCUUGACCCUAAGAUUGGAAUCUUCACAUUCAACGGCACGUUAAGCUAAGCGGUAAACUGAUUUCACCAUGGCUUCAUCUAAUGGGUCAGUUCCGCCGCAACAACCACUAUUUCGAGCAGUAGCAAGUUCCACGAGACAAAUAUAUCAACUACUCAAGUGCAUCAGCUUUACCGCCAAGGUUCAAGUUCAAAUAACUCCGGAGGGUAUCAGAUUCGCGGCCGACCAUUCGCGCGUAAUGCAAGGGGUAGCGUUUCUGGAUAAAGCUCUCUUUACAGCUUACACCCUCAGCAUGCCUGAUGAAGAGGACACCCUACCACAAUUUCAAGUCAAUCUAGCUGCUUUGUUAGAAGCUUUACAGAUUUUCGGGGCUACAGAUGUAGCCGCUCGAGCUGCUAAAGCGGAAGCAGAGAAUUAUCGCAGCAAUUUACGUAACUAUCGUCCAGAUGCCUUCAACCAUCAGAAUCUAGGCAUGCCCGGCACAUGUUGUAUGAUGUACGAGGAAGAUGGUGCCCCAUUGAGCAUCAUCCUAGAGGAAACUGGGGUGAAGACCCAGUGUAAUAUGAUGACCUACACUUCCGAAUCGCCUGACGACAUACCAUUUGAUCGUGAAGACCUGUCCUUUAAAAUCAUCAUGAACGCUCGAUGGCUCCUCGAUGCUCUUUCCGAACUGGCUCCUAUGGCUCCAGUUCGUAUCACCAUUGCCGCAUCGCCAAACGCGCCAUAUCUAAGCCUAUCAAGUGGUGGAGGACUUGGGGGUGCCAGUGUCGACUUUUCAAGCGGCCGAGAUCUCCUUGAGACGUUCUCGGUACGUGACCGCUGGGUUCAGAGCUUUAAGUUCGACUUCAUCAAAUCAGCAAGUGAGGCUAUGCGAAUUGCAAACAAAGUCAGCUUCCGCGGGGACGGUCAAGGCGUCCUUAGUUUGCAGUUCAUGGUGGAAGUUGAAGGUGGUGCUGUGAGCUUUCUCGACUUCCGAUUUGUUCCUUAUGUCACGCAAGAAGAUGAGGAAACGGAAUCUGAAUCUGAAGACGAUUAAUGACUACCUUGAUACGUCUAUCGAGCCGUCCAUGCGUGUACACGCGCGUCACACUGAAUGUGAUGGCUGUUUGCUAGCCGAUUUUUGAAAUCAAUCGAAUUUCUUUUUUCAGCUCCUUGGUGUGAUAUUUCUAAACUAAAGGUGCUAC